CUCUCAUAUUUCCUCCCCCUCUUCUUCCUCUUGCUUCUUUCAAUUACCUUAGCAUAUUGCUAUUCAUAGCUUUGCAUUGCUCUUGAAACUUUGUUUCUUCACACCCUUAAACAAUUAUUCAUUUUUCUCAUUUUGGAUUUUUGAAUCGAAAUGGCGUACGAGGAUCGAUUCGGACAACAGUCUCAGAGAUCAAAAUAUGAUUGCCUUCUUUUUGAUUUAGAUGAUACUUUGUAUCCUCUUAGAGCUGGCCUUGCAAAAUCUGUUCUCCAAAACAUUAAAGAUUACAUGGUUGAGAAGCUUGGAAUAGAUUCAAGCAAAAUUGAUGACUUGUCAAACCUCCUUUACAAGAACUAUGGAACAACUAUGUCUGGUCUAAGGGCAAUUGGUUAUGACUUUGACUAUGAUGAAUAUCACAGUUUUGUUCAUGGAAGAUUACCUUAUGAGAACUUGAAACCAGAUCCAAUUUUGAGGAACUUGUUGCUGAGCCUUCCCUAUAGGAAACUUAUCUUCACAAAUGCAGACAAAGUCCAUGCUGUUAAGGCACUAAGCAGACUUGGAUUAGAAGAUUGUUUUGAAGGAAUUAUAUGCUUUGAGACCCUUAAUCCAAUCCAUAAGAGUACUGUCUCAGAUGAUGAAGAUGACAUUGAAUUUGUAGGUUCAACAAGCACUAGCAAUAAUAAUGCAAACAACUCACAAAUCUUUGACAUCAUAGAUCAUUUUGCUAAGCCAAAUCCAAAUGUAUUAGUCUUACCAAAGACACCAAUUAUCUGCAAACCAUCAGAAUUUGCCAUUGAAUUGGCUCUCAAGAUUGCCAACAUUAACCCUCAAAGAACUUUGUUCUUUGAGGACAGUGUCAGAAACAUACAAGCUGGAAAACGUGUGGGACUUGACACAGUGUUGGUUGGUACAUCACAAAGAGUUAAAGGUGCAGAUUAUGCAUUGGAAAGUAUUCACAAUCUAAGGGAAGCAGUGCCUGAAUUAUGGGAAAAUGACAUAAAAUCAGAAGUGGCUUACCCUGGAAAGUUAACAUCAGUCACAGCUUGAGAGAAAGAGAUUAUGAAGAAAUUAUUACCCUUUUAAAAUUUGUUCAUUAAUAAAUUCAAAAUUAAAUCAUAAGAGCAAAAAAAAAAAAAUGAA